UCCAUCAAAACCUUCUGAAAAUACAAAAUUAAUCUCUACCCCUUUUUCUCCACUCUCCUUCCCCCAACAAAUCCCUAACAUGGCGACAAACCACCAUAAUCUUCAACAACCCACCAUUAAUAACACUCGCAAAGUCUGCUUCUCCUUCGCCGCAUACGCUAAAACCGUUAUCGCCGCCCUCAAAUCCUCCGACGUCCACGUGGCAUGUGGUCUCACCGAAGAUGAAUUCUCAGCCGUCGAAUCCUUAGGGAAUUUUACAUUCCCACCUGAUCUUCGUGCAAUUCUUUCUAUGGGCUUACCAUUGGGCCCGGGCUUUCCCAAUUGGCGCUCUUCAUCCUGCCACCAACUCUGUCUCCUUACCUCCCUACCAAUUCUAUUUCUCUCCAAAGAAGUUUCUAGAAACAAUUUCUGGGUCCCAUCCUGGGGCCCGCGUCCAUACAACAACGAUGAAGCCCAUUCUCUGGCCCACAAAUUUUUGGUAAAAGCCCCACCGUUAGUCCCCAUUUUUCGGCACUGUUACAUCCCAUCGGAGCCCAAUUUAGCAGGUAAUCCCAUAUUCUACGUGCAUGGAAGUGACGUUAAAUUAUUAAGCAUCGACGUUGGUGGGUUUUUCAAAGAAACAGAAUUCAGGAGAAAAAAUUGCCUGUGCAAGCGGCAUACGAUAGAGAAAAAUACAACCCCAGCGUGGGCCCAAUCAGCUAGGCGCGUGGAGUUUUGGACGGAUCUUUCAGCGCGUGAGAAUGAUUCCAAAAAAUGGUGGAAUAAAGAAUUGAAUGGCUGUUUUGAAGAGGUGAUCAUGAAAUUGAAGGAUGGUGGGUGGAAUGAAGAUGAAGUGAAAGAAAUGAUGUUGAUAGACGGUUUUGAUAGGCGCGUGGGAGAAGAAAGAAGCGUGAGUAAUUAUAAAGAGAGUGUUGUUAAACACGUGCGGAAAAUGUCGAUAGAAUUGCUUAAUGGUGGUUGGAGUGUAGACGACGUCGCUUAUUCUUUAAGUGAUGAUAGUGGUGAGAUUAAGAGUGGGUUAGUUGAUGGGGAAGCUUGGGUUGAAUUUCAAUGUAUUACUUCAUCAAAUUCGGAUUCCGUGAUUUCUUCUGAUUGAUUUGAGAUUUCAUUGAAAUUAAAGACCUGAGUUUUGGUGUUUUGUAGUUAUUAUAUAUCAGUAGUUUAGCAUACCUUACAUUUUGUUGGUUGAUUAUAAGAGUAGUUUCAUUUGUUCGUAUUUACAAGGACCCACACUUUGAUAAAAAUGGCAACGGGUUCUGAACUUGAUCCGGAUUCGUAAAUUUAGAUUUGUUUUGACGGGUCUUGUCCUAUUUGUUUUGGACCUGUUAAAUUCAGGGGCAAAUAAUUUCGAAUCCUUGC